AUCAUUUCCACUGUGUCAUCAAAGUCAGCACGACACAGCAAAUCUCAGGCGCCAUCCCAGGUUUCCCAGGUUUCCCAGGUUUGGGUCGAGUUCCAGUUUCAACUCAGGGGUUUUUAAGUAACAGAGUUCCCGUUUGGUAUUUUUCAAGCCGUUGAUUUUACUUUGAAGGCAGCAAACCUCAGGCAGCGUCUGUAUUUUUGGCUUUAGAAUCAACCUAUGAACUGCCGUCGCCAUGGCUUCUGACAGCUUCCAGUACCGGGCUCUCUUUGAGUACAAGCGGGAGCGUGGGGAUGACAUCAGCCUCCAGCCGGGGGACCUGCUCACCGUGCCCAAGGCCUCGCUGAUGGCCGUGCCGGGCCGGGACUACCAGGACGGGGACGAGCGCAGCCCCAAAGGCUGGCUGCAUGGCACCAAUGAGAGGACCAAGGAGAAGGGAGACUUUCCAGGGACAUUUGUAGAGUACGUCGGGGUGGUGAGGGUCGGCCCUCCUGCAGCUAAAUCCUGGCCCAGGCCUGUGCCACCGACCCCUGGGGGGCUACAGAGCGCUGUGGGGGCUCAGCCUCCUGGAGCAGCUGCUUCAGGUGUGGAGGCGGAGCUUCUGUCUGAAGCGGCUCCUGUGGUCGUUUGGAGACUCAUCGAAGCCAUCGAGAAACACGGUUUGAACAGUGAGUCUCUGUAUCGAGCUCCUCCAGCCUCCAGUGGACCUGCAGAGCUGCGUCAGGCUCUGGACUCAGAUCCAGUCUCAGUGGAUCUGGACCCGUAUGAUGUGGUGUCUCUGUCUGAUGCCCUCAGAGGUUUUCUGCAGGAUCUUCCCGCCCCCAUCAUCCCCUCUACAGUCUACAGCGAGCUGGUCUACUCUGCUCAAGAGAGUCAGAGUGUGGAGGAGUGCGGGGAGAGGCUGAAGAGGAUCCUGGAGUGUCCCAGCAUCCCUCAGGCCAACCACCAGCUCCUGGUCCACCUCAGCAGACACCUGGCCCUGGUCAGCCAGCUCAGCCAGGCCGGCCCCCGGCUGCUGGGACAGGCCUUUGCCGAGACCGUCUUCAAGAACUCUCCCCUCAGUGCGGACGUGAACCCGGAGCAUCACGUCAGGAUCUUGGAGGCUCUAAUCACAACAGGAGGUCUCAUGGAGAUGCAGGCGGCACCAGGUGUGUAA